AUGAGCUACUGCGGCAACUACUGCAGGGGCCUGGGCUCUGGCUAUGGAGGCUUCUCAGGCCUGGGCCAUGGCUAUGGCUAUGUCAGCUUCCCCAGGCUGGGCUAUGGCCUUGGCUACGGAGGCUGCGGAUACAGCUGCUGCCGCUCAGUCCGUUAUGGUGGAUACAGCUUCUCCGGGAAAAUUGUCACCCGGUCAAGAGAAAAUGUAAAAUGUAUUGUCACAGGGUCAUCAGCCCUACACCUGACACAAGAUCUGGUUUGCCUGGAAGAGCCAACCACCCUCACCCACCCUGACAAUAUGAGCUACUGCGACAACUACUACAAGGGCCUGGGCUCUGGCUAUGGAGGCUUCGCAGGCCUGGGCCAUGGCUAUGGCUGUGUCAGCUUCCCCAGGCUGGUCUAUGGCUGUGGCUAUGGAGGCUACAGAUACAGCUGCUGCCGCCCAGUCCGUUACGGUGGAUACAGCUUCUCGGGCUGCUCCUGA